AUGAAUGGGGCAGACAUCUGGACCGACGGUGAAGGACGUGUCACGGGGCAGCUGCCUACGCCUACCUUGUCGCCAGAACCUGAUGAUGUGGCAUUACCGAACGGCCACGGUGACGAUGAAGCCAGGGAGGGGAGGCCGUUACAGGUCAUCACGAACACCUUCAGGGCAGAUCCAAACGGAAGUCUGAGCGCCAGCUCGACCAGCAGACGUACAAGCAUGCAUGAAGAUGCUAUACUGUCCGACACAAGCGAAAAGAUACGCCCCAUCAAGCGGCCUGGAGAUGCACGCAGGAAGAGCAGCGUUUCCGAGCAGGACAAAACCCUGAAGCUCAGUCCACGUCAGAUCCAUGAGCUCACCAGCGAGCCCGCGAGCAUUCCCAUGCGAGUAGCGACUCCGAUAUUGGAAGAGGUACUGGAGGGAGAAACACCUGGCGAAGAUGCGGAUGGCGAGGAAGAUAGCAGAGUGCUGGGUGUGGUCUUGGAGCGUCCCGUGAUGACAAGUGGCACAGAAAGAGGCGACAGGCGAAGGGGGGCAUCACAAAGCCGGGAGCGCAAGCAAGAGACGGAAGUGGUCGUUAUCAGAACGCCCGCAACUGAGUUGAGAGAAGGGCUGUCGAAGCCUGCCCCACAAGACAGGCGCAAAGAAGGCCGCGAGAUUCGGGACUUGUUCUCGCCUAUGCGUGCAGCCUUGCCUCUACCGCCCAUGUCCAUGCCGACAUUUCUGUCCCUUGAGCUGUCAGCAAGUCGUCCAUCUCCUUUGUACAUAUACCGGGCCUCGGAUGACGACUUCCCGUACGAGUCCUCCGAACUGAAGUAUCAGCGCCUGAUCAACUUCAUGAAGAUACCAAUGAAGAUUGAGGGUAUCCUGGCCUUUGGCGCGCUUGCUUGUCUGGAUGCCUGGAUGCACACGUUGACGAUUCUGCCGCUGCGUUUCCUGCUUGCUGUGGGCAUUCUGGUCAGGUGGUGGGGCUCGGUCCUCAUCAAAGAAGCCCGCGAUAUCUGGGCAUGCCCCAUCUAUACCGCCGACUCCAGCGGAGGAAAUGCCCCCGCCAAUGUCACGAAGGGCAUCCUCGAACGCAACCGCUACGGCAGCGGGGAGGCCAAACGGAGAUACCACAUCUUGAAAGGGCUCUUGAUUGUCUUUAGCUGCUUGUUACUGAUGCGCUUUGAUGCGAGCCGGAUGUACCACGGCAUUCGUGGGCAGUCUGCAAUCAAGCUCUACGUGAUAUACAAUCUACUUGAGGUGUGCGACAGGCUACUUUCGGCGAUUGGCCAGGAUGUUCUCGAAUGCCUGUUUUCCCGCGAGACGCUCGAUCGUAACGCUGACGGUAGAAGCAAGGUGCUGCGUCCAUUCGGCAUGUUCAUCCUCGCAUCGGUCUACACCGUUGCACACGCAACGGCAUUGUUCUAUCAGGUCAUCACGCUGAAUGUCGCUGUCAACUCGUACUCGAAUGCACUUCUAACCCUCCUAAUGUCGAACCAGUUUGUGGAGAUCAAAAGCACCGUGUUCAAGAAGUUUGAGAAGGAAAACCUCUUCCAGAUCACAUGCGCAGACAUUGUCGAGCGGUUUCAGUUAUGGCUUAUGUUGCUGAUCAUUGCUAUGCGUAACGUAGUAGAGGUCGGCGGCCUCAGCAUCCGAAGCAGCGACGUGUCGUGGACGGCAAUGUUUACCUCUGGCAAUCUCACGUCAUCUGCCACUCCCCCAGCCUUUACGGCAUCAAGCAUCCUGCCUAUGAGCUUCACCAUCUUCCCAAAGUAUGUCGCUCAGGUACUAAACCCAUUUCUACUAGUCAUUGGCAGUGAGAUGGUGGUCGAUUGGCUGAAACACGCCUACAUCACCAAGUUCAACCAAUACAAGCCAGAGGUGUACAGCAAGUUCUUUGACGUCCUCGCCAAGGAUUACUACUCGAACGCGUUUAGUGACCCAAACCUUACACGACGAUUGGGUCUGCCAGUCAUUCCGCUGUCAUGCCUAUUCGUUCGUGCAGCCAUUCAGACUUACCACAUGUUCGUCGCUAUGCACAUGCCGCCUCCGCUGCCGACAAGCUCGACGUCGCUCUCCUCUGACGCUGAGUCGUCGCCAGCCACCACUGCCGCCUUUGCACACAUCGACCAAAUAUUCCGCCGCGCUAUCGGCCGCUCGUCUCUUGGUGCGGGUCUGCCAUCUCAAUCAUGGUACCACUACUCUUCCUGGACGCUCGACGACCUGAUCGCCGGCUCAACCAUGCUCAUCGUCUUCCUCGUCAUCUACCUCAUCUUCCUCGCCUUUAAGCUCAUCCUCGGCAUGCUUCUCCUCAUCGUCGCCCGCAAGCGCUACCACGGCAUGCAAGAGCGCGAAAUGCUCAACGUCGAAACAGGCGGCAAGCGCAUCGGCGGCUUCGGCGUCGUCGACGUCGACGACAACGCGCGCAAACACAUCUACGACGACGACCCCGAGACGCUGAAGAGACUGCGCGACCGGGAUGAGAAGGCGAAGAAGAAAGAAGAUGUCGAACGCGAACGAGGCACGAGUUUCGGACAUCGCAAGCGCAAGCUUAAGCGUGCCAAGCCCGCUACCACACACGAGUCAUGUUCAUUGUCUGAAAAGUACAACGUCCGCUUGCAGAGCAGGUAUGCCGAUGAUGUGCCCAUUGUGCUAGGGACGGAAAAGGACCUUUGCCCGAAUGUCAAUGCGAAGGAUUGCGAUUGA